UGCAUGUCUCAGCAAUCAGCCACUUCAAAGCCUUCGCUCCAGGGCGUCAGAAUAAAAGCAAGAAAGGGCGCAGUAAAGGCACAGGCAAAGCACGAGCCAUCCAUCUUCAGAGAUCAGCUAUACAAGCAUCUCGAAACAGUACCAGACGGCGACUUUGACUCUUUUGCAACAAAGCUAGUCCAAGCAGGUUCCACUCUCGAGUUUCUCAAGUAUGCAGAUGCACUCUUCGAAAUCAUCCUCGUUGGCGGUCUUCUCCAGCCAGGCGGAAGUUAUGUCGACGAUGGAGCUCCCGUCUCGCCAUUUACCAUCUUCAAUUCGGAAGAUCCUGCGCAAAUCGAUGACCUGAAAAAAUACAUCGAGGUUCUCAACAAACUCAUCAGAAGGUACAAAUAUCUUCAGAAGCCUCUAGAGGAAUCAGCUCUGCCAGGGCUUCUUCAAUAUAUCCACCGCUGGUCUCCAGCACAGAAGGACAAGCUUUCACUCGCCGUUGGCCUUUUGAUCUCUCAGGGUCUCGCCAACGCAUCGUGCUUGCAGAGUCUUACCAAAGAUCAUCUCGUCAAGAAUGAUGUAUCCGUCAGCGUUAUCAGUCUUAUUUUCCGUGCAUAUCUGGUCGAUCAAUCCAUGGAUCACUUAUCUGCGACCUUGAAACGGGGCGGUAUCAAAGAUCUUCUCGCCUUCUUCCCUCCCAAUAAGCGCGAGGGCAAAUACCUGGAAGACCAUUUCAAGAAAGAAGGACUUUCACAGGUCGCUGAGUGGUGGGCAAAGAAACAAUAUGCCGUUGUCAAAGAGAGUAUCGUCAAAGAGCUCUCUGAACUCUGCGAACGUGAGGAAACUCCCGACCAGAUUGUCGCCGCCAUCAGAGCGCGCCUAGAAGAAUCGCCUGUGCCAGAGAGUGAACUGAUUCAGUGCAUUUGGCAGGGUUUGAUGACUUCAGUCGAUUGGAGCGCCCGCCCAGACCAAAUUGAGGGCCUCGCUCUGCGCGAAGUCGGUAAAUUCGCCCCCAUCCUCGAACCAUUCUGUACCGGAGCAAAAACACAAGUGUCCCUCAUAAACGUUGUUCAAGUGUAUUGUUACGAAGACACGCGUAUCAUCAAGGCGUUCCCGCAGAUUCUCAAAGUGUUGUACAAUAAGGACUGCAUUUCUGAUCAAGCUAUCAUCUACUGGCAUCAAAAGGGCUCUAAACCACAAGGCCGACAGCACUUUUUGAAGAGUACUGAACCAUUAGUUAAAUUCUUGCAGGAACAGGAAGACAGCGACGAGGAAGAUGGCUGA